UCUGCUGGAGAAACAUUGAUUAUCCCAGAAGGGCCUUGUUCCUUGCCGCUGGCACAAAGAUACGUGGGCUCUGGGAACGACAUUGCAACAAAAUUUAUUCAACUUGAUAACAAAUGCGCUGCUUUCAAUUUAAACAAUCAGAAAUUGAAAUCAAUUAUUUAAUAUGCACUAAGCACUAAAUGACAUGAUAACUUCGAUAAUUCAAUCAGAAUAGGGUCCAAAGAAUCCCCGAUUCCUUUCAGGCUACGCUUGUUUCUAUUUUUCUGUCCCACGGGCCCGGAUCGGCAAGGUAAAAAAGGUUAAAUGGAUGCGAGGGCGGCUAUGAUGAAGACUCUUCUAUACAUCUUAUUUGUCACUGUGUUACUAUGGCAACAUCUCAAUGCUCAGAAUGCUUGCGGUUUGCCUGCACUGUAUGAUGUAAGAAACUACAUCUUACAAGGUCACGUGAUCAGAACUGUUAGCAUGGCAACGAUACUGUUUUGUUUCGAAGCCUGUGCGAAAGACAGCGCCUGUUGGACGAUCAAUUUUAAAUUAUCGAGCUGCGAGCUGAAUUCCGCAUCCCACUUGUCUCAUCCACAUGACUUGACGCCUAACUCAGGCGCUUACUACGCUGUCGUCAAGCCGCUGACCAUAUGCAGUGAUGCAUACUGCAGCACAAAUACCACGUGUGUUGUGACGGCGAAUGGCAUAGGAUACGCGUGUGAAUGCAGUAGCGCCCUCGGCAUGCAAGAUCGCCGAAUCACUGACUUACAGCUAAUGAUAUCUUCGCAAUAUGAUAAGAACGCAAAGGCAAAGUCUGGGAGGCUACACCACGUGAGUACAUUCAAUGCAGACUGGGGUGCCUGGAUUGCGAAAUACACGGAUACAUCACAAUGGAUUAGUGUUGAUUUCCAAGAGUGCAUGAUUGUCCGAAAGGUGGCAUCUCAAGGAUUGGGAAGAAAACGUUGGUUUGUCAAGAGCUACACCAUCGAUUACACCAUGGAUGAAGCAAGCUGGUCAGAGUAUAAAAGUGGUGGUGUUGCAAAGGUGUUUCUGGCGAACAGCGACGAUUCUUCGGUGGUUACCAAUGCCCUGAUCCCCGCUGUUCGGGCUCGCUUCCUAAAGGUCAAGCCAACGGCCUGGGUUGACCAAAUCGCCAUGAGACUGGAGUUCUACGGUUGUGUGUGUUAGUCUAUAAUCAAAGACAUUCUUGUACCUGCAUAGUUUAGAGUACCCUUAUUUGUGUUAAUGUAAUCGAAGACAUUCUUGUACCUGCAUAAUAGUUUAGAGUACCCUUUUUUGUGCUAAUGUAAUCGAAGACGUUCUUGUACCUGCAUAAUCGUUUAGAGUACCUUUAUUUGACUGAAUAGGGCCUCUGUACUUUUGAAUGAUUAUCUACCCUAAAAAGUACCAUUUAUCCUAGUAGAUUUUGUAGUCAUUCUACGAAGAAUCAUUUCGCACUUUGUAUGCUUGAGAAGAUAACCAUAUAUAAUUAUAUGAGUAUUGCAUAUUA